CUGAAACUGUCACCCACUCUUUGUCUGUGCCACGUCACUCAAACUUUGAUGGUCAUUUUUUUUUUCUCUUCUCUCUCUGUGUCUUUUUCUUAUUCAGCUUCCUGGACAAAAUCGAUCCAGUUAGUUCGGCUGAAUACACCCCAACAGAUCAGGACUUGCUCCGCUGCAGAGUUUUGACUUCAGGGAUUUUUGAAACGCGAUUUCAAGUAGACAAAGUGAAUUUUCACAUGUUUGAUGUCGGUGGGCAGAGAGAUGAGAGAAGAAAAUGGAUCCAGUGCUUUAACGAUGUCACAGCCAUCAUAUUUGUGGCCGCCAGCAGCAGCUACAAUAUGGUCAUAAGGGAAGACAACAGCACCAACCGGCUUCGGGAAUCUUUGGAUCUAUUCCGGAGCAUCUGGAAUAACAGAUUUCUGCGAACCAUUUCCGUAAUCUUGUUCCUGAACAAGCAGGACAUGCUUGCUGAGAAGAUCCUGGCAGGGAAAUCCAAACUUGAAGAUUAUUUCCCUGAAUACGCUCGCUACUCCCCUCCGACUGACGCUGCGGGCGACCCAGGAGAGGAUCCCAGAGUCACCAGGGCCAAGUUCUUCAUCCGGGAUGAGUUCCUUAGGAUCAGCACUGCGAGUGGAGAUGGCAAACACUACUGCUACCCUCAUUUCACCUGCGCUGUGGACACGGAGAACAUUCGUCGGGUCUUCAACGACUGUCGAGACAUCAUCCAGAGAAUGCACUUGCGCCAGUACGAACUCUUGUGAUUGGCUGUCCGUCCUCAACGAUCGUCCAGUUAGAGCUCCGCUCUGCUCCCAAACACACAAGCCCAGUACUGGGGACUAUGCUACUGACAAGUGACAAUGUUGCCAUUUUUAUUUUUAUUUCUUUCUUCUUUUUGGUUGUUUCUUUUUUUUAAUUUAUGGCCCAUGCUUUUUGUUUGUUUUUGUUAUUUUAGUGGAGGGACAGGAAUUACAUUUAUGUCGGGUGAAUGUAUUUGUGUGUGUGAGUGUGUGUGAGUAAGUAUGCUUACAUGUUUACGUCCACUUUGUCGUUCAUUUGAUGAAAUGCCUUGAUUUUCAAGUCAUUCCACUACUACGCCUUUAGCUACUUGUCAUUUUUUUUUCUUUUGGGUAGUUUUUUUUGUUUGUUUCUUCUGUUGUGGUUGUAUGUGGACCAGCUGACUCUGAGCGAGCAGAUGGCUGUGUGAUGGUUUGCCUGAUGGACUUUCAGCAUGGGCGCGCGCGGUCUUUGACCCGCGACCUAUGACCUCUGGCACCGCACUCUUUUUCGAGGGCUUCUCUGCUCGUCUCGUAGGGAGAGAUUUUUCAUGCACUUUCGCGUCGGGCGUCUCUAUCCCAGAUACGGGCCGGGUCGGGGACGGAUACGGCCCAGGUUCAUUCCGGAGCGUUGGUGCCAUCUGGGUUUCCAUUGAAUGAAGUGCACACACAACAUACGCGAUGUAGCACCACAAUAUUUAUUAAUGACUGUCGCGAUUUGCUUUAUUUUCAAGAGAUUUCUAGAGUACAGUUGCAGGUGUUGUGUAGAGACAAUUCGGGGGUUGUAAAUUUUAGAGUAGAGGGUUUGAACAUGGGGGAGGGAUUGGGGGGCUAGUGAGGCAUCAGUGGGCUGCUGGGAUUUGUAGUCCCAUGCAGCUGUUAGUCCUGCCAAUAGCACCUGGACUGAAUGACAGCUGUCACUCACUUUCUUUCAUCCACCGAUGAUCCCUCUUGGGAGAGGAGGGUUUCCCAGUGGAACAAUAGCCCUAUAUAAAUAUAUAAAUAAAUAUAUAAUAUAUUUUCUGUUCAUGUUUUACUAUCCUAAGGAUUGUGUGAGGUGGAUUCACCUUGCGCAGACUGCAAAAUGUAAUGUUAUUUUGUACAACUUCAUUGAGAGAUUGUGAGAGUUGAAAAAGAAAGAGAACUGACUUGUAGAAGAUAUUUGUGCCUUCAUCGCGGCUGUACCUUGUAACAUGAGCUCUGAUGUAAGAACGUUAUAAUUUUUUUUCUGACUGCGCUGUACAGCUUGAUGUCAGCUCCGUCCACAGUUGAAACUGCUGGUGGGAAUACUUCUGUAGAAAUUUAGUCUUUUCUGGUUUAUAACAAAAAGAGAUGUUCUUUAGUACAAAAAUGAGGAAAAAAAUGUGGAAAAAAAAAUCCUGUAUACGAUAUGCAAAAUUAACCACUUACCUACAGUGAUGAGCAGAUGUUGCAUUGACAUUGCCUUUGUUUCUCUCUUUGAAAUUCCUUCUUGUUUUGUUCCAAUUCUCAGCUUUAAAACAUUGGAAAUUUGAAGUGUCCAAAUCACAACCUGGUGUUGUUUUAUUAGGAAGCAUCUUUUUAGAUGUGGCGUGUGUGUGUGUGAGUGCGCGCGCAAAACAGAGAGAACGUGCACCUUGCGUGUCCGUAAAUGUGUGUGUAUGUAUACGUGUUAAGCAUGCAUGUGUACAUAGACACCCAUAUACCCACGCGUUGUGGCCACAGACCUUGAGUUGUACAUCUGCAUUUUUAUAUUGAUAUGCGUACAUAUACAUUUAUAAAGAUGAGUUAUAUUCUAUAAAUAUAUAUGUACAACUAUACAUAGUAAUGUGUGUGCCUACGCGUAUACAUAUUUAUGAAUGUCUAGAGAGGAGGUAUGCAUACAACAGGCAUACACAAGAGCAUAUAUUAGAAUGAAAUGAAGAAAUGAGAAACUAGUGAUUCUUUGGUCAUCAAAGAGACCUUCACAAUUGCGCAGGCAUUGUGGAUGCGUGAGCACUGUUAGAUAGCCUAUUCUUUACACCGAACAGCAGCUUUUCUUGUGCAAGUCUAUUCCAACAAAAAAAAAAGUGUGAUUUAAAAUCUUUUUGUGUCUGGCCUUUGAGAAUUUGGAGUUUUUUUUAUUAUUAUUAUUUUUAUUUUAAUAAAGAGGCACAUUAGCAGACCGUUGUCCUUCCGUUUGUCAAGAAUGAGAAUCGUGGAGAGAAUGUCUUCAAGUAAUUUUUUCAAAUAAAAUACCUGUGAAGUAUCA